GAGAGAGGGUAGGCUGAUGGUAAGACAGGACAUUUGGACUCAGGAUUCUGAGCUGGGAGCGAUGCUCAGUGAGCCGAGACUUGAGUUCGAGAUAAAUUGGGAAGGAUGAAAAGGAGAUCUGUCAUUCCGUCGAGGGAUGGGCAGGAGAGUGAGCGGCCGACGCCUGAGUCUUGCUUCUCAGGAGCUGUGAGACCUAGGCUUGAGCUUGAAGAGCUUUGGAGCUGGGAGAUGCGAAGUGCCUACUUUGGGAUUGCCUGGCGCGUAGGGCCGUGAAAGCUGGGACCCAGUGUCGGUGAGGGUCUGUGACUCGGCUUUCCCGAGUGGGCGGAGACAGAGCUCUCUCUGUGCUCAUGCCCCACCCCUUUCCGGAUAGACCUUCCUGGAUUGGCUGUCCUUUCAACGUCAUGCGGGCCCGCCCCGGAGCGCGCCCGGCCCCGGGCAGCUUCAGCAGCCUACGCUACUCAGCUAUAUCCUGCAGCGAGUGAGCUGAGCGGAGCCCGAGCCCGAUCCAGAUCGUCGUCGAGGUCGACGUGGGGCUCCUGGGUCGCGGCGGCGGGCAGGCGAUGCUCCAGAGGCCUGAGCAACCAUGGAGGCCGAGACGGGUGGCCUGGAGGAGCUGACCGAUGAGGAGAUGGCGGCGCUGGGCAAGGAGGAGUUGGUGCGGCGCCUGCGGCGGGAAGAGGCGGCGCGCUUGGCGGCUCUGGUGCAGCGCGGUCGCCUUAUGCAGGAGGUGAAUCGACAGCUGCAGAGUCACCUAGGCGAGAUCCGCGAGCUCAAGCAGCUCAACCGGCGCCUACAGGCUGAAAACCGUGAGCUGCGCGACCUCUGCUGCUUCCUGGACUCAGAGCGUCAGCGCGGGCGGCGCGCAGCUCGCCAGUGGCAGCUCUUCGGGACACAAGCAUCCCGAGCCGUGCGCGAAGACCUGGGCGGUUGUUGGCAGAAGCUGGCCGAGCUGGAGGGCCGCCAGGAGGAGCUGCUGCGGGAGAAUCUGGCGCUAAAGGAGCUCUGCCUGGCUCUGGGCGAGGAGUGGGGCCCCCGAGGCGGUCCUGGAGGCGCGGGGGGCUCAGGCGCUGGGCCGACACCCGAGCUCACCUUACCCCCCUGCGGGCCCCGCGACCUGGGAGAUGGAAGCUCCAGCACGGGCAGCGUGGGCAGCCCUGAUCAAUUGCCCCUGGCUUGCUCGCCAGAUGAUUGAAGGUGCAGCUUCCUUCGCGCCGACGCCCGGCCUAAUUGCUCCCCAAGCUCCGGAUUGCGGUCGACCUCGGGACCUGGAUGCCGCCCUGGCCUGCAUGAGUGGCCGCUGGCAUGGAUUUAGAAACCCCGGCACUGAGAAGGGGCCCUCACCCUCGCUGGCGGGGCAAUGGGGGUACUGGAGGCUGGAGCGGAGGGACUUGCUGGGGGUUGGGUGGGGGAUAAUAAACUGCGAUGGAAGCAGAGCCCGUGGCCUGGGCAGCGUCUGUUGGGGACUCGCCGGGGUUGCGACGAGGGUGGGGACGUUGAGAACAGGGUACCAUUCCCAACUAGAGGAACUGAAGAACUAAGGUGACUGACACCCCUCCCCCACCAUUGCCUUAUUCCUGUGGCGGGAUGUGCGACCGUAAGCCACUGUUUUCCCCCGUCAGGCCCGGGGAUCGGCCGUAAUUCGGCCCCUGAAGUGGCUCCAGCUCCCUUCCCAGCUCCUUCCUGUCCUAGACAAUGGGGCAGGAAGCAGGUGUUGGGGGCGCAGAACCCACUGAGCCGCCUCCCCUGAGGCUGGACGGGGCAUAACAGCGCCCUCCUGUGGAACACGGCGGAGCACUUGGCCCCAGCAGGAAGAGGAUGAUCCUCUUGGCUCGCACCCAGCAGCUCUCUAUUAUUCCUUCUCUCAGUCCUGGAGAUGGGGCAGAGCAGAUGUAGCCGCAUUUAUCAGAUAAGACAAUGAGGUCCAGUAAUACCAAAUAAUUGUUUUCAAGGUCAUGCAGUGCGUCCAUGGAGCUGAGACGAGCCUAGGGCUUCCUACUCCAAAUGUUCUCUCUUUAGCUUCUGGGUCCAGUGAGACCAAGCCAGAGCUUCAAGCCUUUUAUUCCAUUUUGUCAGGUUUGUAUAAAAAUAUUCUCUUUAGGAAAAUAAAUAGCAGCUGUCUUCA